AUGGCGAGCAGCAGCAACAGCUGCACUAAUAAUAUCCUCAGUUCCGAAUUCAUUGUUGGAGGAAAAUAUAAAUUGAUCCGGAAAAUUGGGGCCGGCUCCUUUGGAGAUAUCUAUCUGGCCAUCAAUAUCACCAAUAAUGAAGAAUUGGCCGUGAAGCUAGAAUCUCAGAAGGCCAGACACCCACAGCUGCUGUACGAAAGCCGGCUCUACAAGCUUCUGCAAGGUGGGAUGGGCAUUCCCCGAACCCGCUGGUAUGGUCAGGAGAAAGAAUACAAUAUCCUUGUCAUGGAUCUACUUGGGCCAAGUCUUGAAGACCUCUUCAAUUUCUGUUCCCGUAAAUUCACGUUGAAAACCGUCCUGAUGUUGGCUGACCAGAUGAUCAGCAGAAUUGAAUAUGUUCAUACAAAGAACUUUAUACACAGAGACAUUAAGCCAGAUAAUUUCCUGAUGGGUAUUGGGCGCCCUCGAAAUAGGGCUGCUGGAUCUGCAGCAGGAAAGAGAAAAAGAGGCGGGGCAGCUGCUAAUCGGGCUCAGGAUCCAUCUUUUUCAGGAUUAAACCAGUUAUUCCUUAUUGACUUUGGUUUGGCUAAACGCUACCGAGACAACAGAACAAAGCAACACAUACCCUACCGAGAAGAUAAAAAUUUCACUGGCACUGCCCGGUAUGCCAGCAUCAAUGCACACCUUGGCAUUGAGCAGAGCCGUAGAGAUGACGUAGAGUCCUUGGGCUACGUCUUGAUGUAUUUCAACCGGAGCAGCCUGCCCUGGCAAGGAAUAAAAGCUGCAACCAAGAAGCAAAAGUAUGAAAAAAUUAUUGAGAAGAAGAUGUCCAUCCCUGUUGAUAUGCUGUGUCAGGGAUUUCCAUCCGAAUUUGCCAUGUAUCUCAACUACUGCCGUGGCCUUCGCUUUGAAGAAGCACCCGAUUACAUGUACCUGAGGCAGCUGUUUCGCAUCCUCUUCAGGAGCCUGAGCUACAAGUACGACUUCAUGUUUGAUUGGACACUGCUGAAGCAGAAAGCAGAGCAGGAGCAGGCGGCCUCUUCCUCGGAGCAGGGUCCGCAGACCCAGCCCCCUCCACCACCCAAACAGACCAAACCAAGAAGAGUAACCAGAAGAGUUUCCAAGCAAGAGGAGGAACAGAUGAAGUAAAGCUUACGUUCGAUCCAGAGUGCAACUUGUUAUUUCCCAAAUUUAGUUUCAUACAUAUUCUUGCCAGUGAUUGUGGGCAACCGUUUAUUUGUGGAAAAAUUACUUAA